ACCGGGCUCCUGAGAGGCUCAGGGAUGCUCCCGGGUUUGGGUGCAGUGGCUUAGCAAAUAAAAAGAAGGCGGCCAGUUUAGUUACGACGGAGAUGACAUCUCUGAGAUUCUUAGAGUCCCUAGCGAGCCCGGGCUAGCGGAAAGCCGGAACGGAACGAAUUUCUCCCAUCACGCCAGGGAGCAACUCGCCCCGUUCUACGCUGGGAGUUGUAGUCUCCCGCCCCUCGGAUCCAACGGCAACCGGACUGUGUGAACCCUGUUACCCAGAAGGCCUGGUUCGGUCGCUAUCGAAGCUGGAAUUCCUGGCUAGUGGUUCUCGCCCGUAAUUAGCGGAACCUGUUGGUGUGGCUCACCAGGCUUAAGGGGGCUGCUCGAGACUAGUUGCUAAGCGAAGGGAUCUUUGGUCAACUGUCACCUGGACCAAGGCAACAGGAACCUUCAAAUUCAUCGCUAUCCCGAGGCUCCUGUCAUGUCUCAUAUCGACAACGACGUGAAACUGGACUUCAAGGAUGUCUUGUUGAGGCCCAAACGCAACACCCUUAAGUCUCGAAGUGAGGUGGAUCUCACAAGAUCCUUUACAUUUCGUAAUUCAAAGCAGAUGUACACUGGGAUCCCCAUCAUUGCCUCCAAUAUGGAUACUGUGGGCACCUUUGAGAUGGCCAAGGUUCUCUGUAAGUUCUCCCUCUUCACUGCUGUCCAUAAGCACUACAGCCUCGAUCAGUGGCAAGAGUUUGCUAGACAGAAUCCUGACUGUCUUGAGCAUCUGGCUGCCAGCUCAGGCACAGGCUCUUUUGACUUUGAGCGUCUGGAACAGAUCUUGGAAGCUAUUCCCCAAGUGAACUAUAUAUGCCUGGAUGUGGCAAAUGGCUAUUCUGAACACUUUGUUGAAUUUGUGAAGGAUUUGCGGACGCGCUUCCCCGAACACACCAUAAUGGCAGGGAAUGUGGUAACAGGAGAAAUGGUGGAAGAGCUAAUCCUCUCUGGGGCUGACAUCGUCAAGGUGGGAAUUGGGUCAGGCUCUGUGUGUACCACUCGGAAGAAGACCGGAGUGGGGUAUCCACAGCUCAGUGCAGUGAUGGAGUGUGCUGAUGCUGCUCAUGGCCUUAAUGGCCACAUCAUUUCAGAUGGAGGCUGCAGCUGUCCUGGGGAUGUGGCCAAGGCUUUUGGGGCAGGGGCUGAUUUUGUGAUGCUGGGUGGCAUGCUGGCUGGGCACAGUGAGUCAGGUGGUGAGCUCACUGAGAAGAAUGGCAAGAAGUACAAACUCUUUUAUGGAAUGAGUUCUGAAAUGGCCAUGAAGAAGUAUUAUCAAAGCAUGGCUGAGUACAGGGCCUCAGAGGGAAAGACAGUGGAAAUUCCCUUUAAAGGGGAUGUGGAACAUACCAUCCGAGACAUCCUAGGAGGGAUUCGCUCUACAUGUACUUAUGUGGGAGCAGCUCAGCUGAAGGAGUUGAGCCGUAGAACUACCUUUAUCCGAGUCACCCAGCAGCUGAAUCCAAUGUUUAGUGAUGAGCACUAGAGCUGAGCAAUUCUGCCUUCCCAAGGCACCAGCACUCUACCUUGGGGCUUCACAAGAGGGCUGUUCACCCAUCACAGCUACUGCAGCUAUGAAUUCUCAUUUCCUAUCAUCUCCUGUGGGCUCCUGCAGUAACUCUAUACUUCUCAAUCUGCACACUCAAAGUGCUUAAGGCACUCACUGGAAAGAAACAAAGACAACAACAGUCCAAGAAAAUGACAAAAUAAUCAAAUGGGAAUCUGGGCACCUAAUAUCUUGAAGAUUAUUAAAAGAAAAAGAUGCUGAUUGAAACAUAAAUGUUUUACAUGGCCUUGAUCUGAAAGAGGCAGCCUCUUCAGAAUCAUGUCUUGUAAAUGGGACCUUUGAAUAUCUAAAAGUCUCAGAAGUGUUUACAUAUUUGAAAUACCUCAAUAAAGAAAGAUUCUACUGACU